CAGAUGAGCCGCUCAUAGAAUCUUAAAGUCUGCAACUAGUAUUGCAAGGGCUCACUUGCACUGAUUCCCAUCCACACUGGCAACCACAUAGAGGCAGCUUACUGCGCUGGAGGGACAGAGCACCACAGCCACGGCUGAGAACCCAGCAGCCUGGAGACAAAUAUCAACGAGAAACAUGAACGGAGCUGUACGGAAGUCGCUCAGCGAUUCAGAACGAAAGUUAGCAUCAGUGAUCAGUGUAAUGGGAUUUUUGCUGAGCCAUCAACUUUGAGACUGAGAGACAGGUGAGUCAAUCCAUUGACAAGGUCAUUCGAGAGAGAGAGAGAAAAAAACUGCUCUGUGGAGAUAACCAAAAAUUCCUGGAGGCACUGCUAAUUUGAGAGUAAUUCAUAUGGAGACAUAUUGCGGAUGCAGAUGAUGAAGAAGAAGCCAGAGUCUAAAAGAGGAUUAUGGUGUGGAGUUGUUCACAGGAGACUUUACACUCAGACAUAUUGUGAUCAGCUAGACUUGAAUAUUAGAAGGCUCUGCACUGCACAAAUCCCAAGUGUUCCAGAGAUGAUGUAAGAUGGCUUCUUAAUUUCAACAUUUAUCAGCACUUGUAUGGACCAAACUGGAUAAUUUCUGAUUUCUUUUGGAUAUUAAUUUAGAUAUUUUAAGCAAGACUCUCAUAGAUUGCACUUAGAAGCUACCAGUAGUAAUCUACACAUCUACUAAUUAUUCUAAUAACAAUUGAUUGCAUAAAUAAAAGAAAAGAAAGAAAUGAAGCAUUCUGAUAUUCUCGGACCCGACCAAUCCUGGCCAUGCUUCAUAACCCCCACACCCCGUCUUCGCCUCAACACCCUGGACUUCUCCGACCUGUGGGACGACGAGGACCUCGAUCCGGACGCCCACGACGACGACUCCGUCUUCACCUCCUCGUCCUCGGACAGUGUUCCCCCCACACCCCCUAUGCCUCCCCCUCUGCCCCCCUCCGCCCCUCCUCUGCCCCCGUCCUCCCCCGCCCCCCCUGCGGGUGGGGGCAGUGGUGGCGCUGGCAGCCGUACCCUGAAGCUCCACUGGAGGGAGCUGCGGAGCCUGCCGUCCGUGCCCCAGGUGUGCCGCUUCGGCAGGCAGACCAUCUGGGCGGGGCUGGAGCCCGUGCGUCUGGACACCAACCGGCUGGAGUACCUGUUCGAGAGCAAGAGCAGUGCGGCGAGUGGCGCCCUCCGCAGCCUGGUGAUGGGAAGGCAGAAGCAGCCUUGUGUGUCGGUGUUGGGGGUGAAGAGGAGCAACAUCAUCACCAUCGCUCUGAGCAGCUUGCCCCCACCCCACCUGCUUCCUCCGGCCAUCUACAGCAUGGACUGCUCUGUGCUCGACCGAGAGGAUGUGCAGAGGCUCCAGGCUCUGGUUCCCACGGACGAGGAGCUGAAACUGAUCAAGGAGGCUAAAGCCCAGAGUCCCCGCUGCCCCCUGGCCUCGGCUGAGAACUGCCUACAGACUCUGGGGGGCAUCCAGCACUUGAGCUCCAGGCUUCAACUUUGGGCCUUUGCUCUGGACUAUGACACACUGGAGAGGGAAAUUGCAGAGCCUCUCUUUCAUCUGAAGCAUGCCAUGGAACAGCUGGCAACCAGUCAAACCUUCCGCUGUAUCCUGGCAACUGUGCUGGCAAUAGGCAACUUUUUAAAUGGCUGCAAGGCUCGUGGUUUUGAGCUGAGUUACCUGGGCAAACUCUCUCAGGUGAGGGACACACACGGCCGACAGCCACUCUUACAUCACGUGUGUGCGCUCCUGCUGGAGAUUUACCCACAAUGCUCUGACCUCUACUCGGACAUCACUGCCGUCACCAAGGCCAGUAAGUGUGAUUACUCUCAAGUCCAGUCAAACCUUGCCCAGCUCGAAGCCCACUGCAAAGCAUCAUGGGAACAGUUGCGGUUGCUGGAGAAGGACGGGGACCACCGGCGGAGCAAGGGCAGCCGGAGCAAAGGGUCAAACCAGUCCGGUGACCCCGGGACAGAAGGGUCUCUCCGUCAGAGGCUGCCCAAGUUUCUGAAGGAGUGCGAGGAAAGACUGAAGGUGCUCAGAGCUGUCCAUCGACGAGUCAUCAACAGAUUCCAUGCUUUCCUCCUGUUCCUGGGCUACUCGCGUGCUAUGGUGAGAGACACCAGGGCGGAGGGCUUCUGCAAGACCGUGAGCGACUUUGCCCUGGAGUACAGGGCCACGCACAACGCCAUCCUGCAGCAGAGAGAGAGGGAGAAGGAGAAGGAGGGAGACAAGGAACGGGAAAAGAGAGGAGACAGUCUCACCCCUCAGUCCAAGCCAAAACAGCGGCCUCGGACGCCAUCUCCGGAAAGCCUUGAACAACGCAAACUAGAGGAGGUACUGAGGACUCCUGAGUCAUCUGUUAGACGGGACCUCAUGAUGCCCAGACACCGCAGUAGGACACCAGACAAAAGAGGUUUACACCUGCGGAAGCUAAAAUGGUGAUGCCAGCAAUUCUACAACACAAGCCUUUGAGCAACUGUUUUUCAACAACAACAAAAUGUUUGCUCCUCUUUUAAAUGCCAGUUGUUACUUCAUGCCUUAAUGUAGCCCUCUUCAAAUUAAUGUGAAAGUACAUAGCUUAAUGAAUACCAUUUCAUUUGAAUGGCAUAAGUAAUAAACAUUGUAUUAUGUGCA